CCUGCGGCUAUGGCUAAAGACCCAUUAGCCGAGGCAGGCUUUUAUUUUGAUGAACUCAACAAGCUGCGGGUACUAGAGCCCGAUGUCAGCCAGAAGACAUCAGAGCUUAAGGAGGAGUGCAAAGAAUUUGUCGACAAAAUUGGUCAGUUCCAGAAGAUAGUUGGGGGCUUAAUUGAGUUGGUGGACGAAUUGGCCAAACAGGCAGAGACUGAGAAAAUGAAGGCAAUUGGAGCCAGGAACCUGCUGAAGUCAGUGGCAAAGCAAAGAGAGGCCCAACAACAGCAGCUUCAGGCUCUGAUAGCUGAAAAGAAGAUGCAACUUGAAAGGUAUCGCAUCGAGUAUGAAGCUCUGUCCAAAGUGGAAUCCGAGCAGAACGAGUUCAUCGACCAGUUUAUUCUUCAGAAGUGA